AUGGUCCAUGUCGAAGUACCCGCAGACCCAACAGCGUACAAGAGACAGGAAUACUGGGAGGAACGAUAUGCCAAGGAAGAGUCAUUCGACUGGUUCAAGACCUAUUCAGAUCUGAAGCCUCUGCUGAACGAGCAUAUAAAAUCCAAGGAUGCAAGGAUAUUGAUGCUUGGCUGCGGGAACUCUACGCUUUCCGAGGACAUGUACGAUGACGGGUACCAUAACAUUGUCAACAUCGAUUUCUCAAAAACUGUUAUCGAGAACAUGACUCAAAAGUGCAAGGACCGAGUUGGCAUGGAGUGGAUUGAAAUGGAUAUCAAGGAUCUUAAAUUUGAGGGCGGCAGCUUUGAUGUUGCGAUCGAUAAGGGCACCAUGGACGCUCUGAUGUGCGAUCGAGGAGAUGUCUGGAACCCAGACGAGGAACUUAUCAGGACUGUAGCUCAGGAAGUGGAUGAGGUCGUGCGGGUCCUCAAAGUCGGUGGGCAAUUCCUCUACAUCACAUUUGGACAACCUCAUUUCAGGAAAAGGCAUCUGGAGCGGCCUUGCUGGACUGUUCAGAUCUCGACUCUCGGAGACGCCUUCCAUUACUUUUUCUACCAUAUGGCUAAACAGGGCUAG